CAGCUGCAGCCCUCUCAAUUAAGAUGCUAAUCAAAGAAAUUAGCAGGAAAGUGAGAUGAACCUGUCAAUAAAGCCUGCUUUGCAGCCAGCUUAGCUAGGCCUCUUUUAAAACAAAGUUUUGUUGUGUUUUUUUAAAGUUUAGUGUCAGUAUUAGAGUUUCUUGCAAUGGACCUCAAGCCAGCUGAAGUAACAAAAGUGGCCAGAAUGUCCAGGAUCUUUGACCACAAGACUAGAGCUAACCACCCGCCAACUCUAAGCAUGGUGAUUGAAGCUCUGAAGGCCCAAAAUGAGAGAAAAGGCACCUCUGUCAUAGCCAUCAAGCGCUACAUCCUUGCCAAGUACCCAGCUGUUGACCCAAUAAGGCUAAAAUACCUGCUGAAGAAGGCCCUGACUAAAGGUCUUGACCAUGGCUACCUGAUAAGACCCCAAAACUCUUUGGCAUUAGGGGCAACUGGAAGGUUCAAGCUAGCAUCAGAAAAGCCCAAGCUUAAAAAAAAUUCUAGGAAGAUGGAUCCAGCUGAAGAAAAGGCUCCUAAAUCAGAGAAGAAGGUGGCAAGGAAACCCAAAGCCAAGGUUCCUGCUGAUAACAAAGCAGGAAGUAAAGAUGCUAAGGAGGAGAAACCAAAACCUGUGAGCAAGAAACCCAAGACAAAAUCCUCUAAUGCCCAGCCCAAAGCUCCUGCUAAGCUGAAGACACCCAGUGAUGCUCGAAACAUUGUGAAAGGUGACAAGAAACCAAAUAUGAAAGAGGCACCUCAAGCCAGGGUGAUUGGGACCAACAAAGCCACCUCCAGAGGGAAGCCAGCCACAGAAGCAGAUGGUGCCUCCAAAGCAGAGGCAGAGCAUGGAGACAAGAUCAGGACUUCCAAAGCCAAGGGGGCAGCUCCUGGGGCUGCAAAAGCAAAGGUGGCUAAAGGUGGAAAUGGGCUGACCAAAGCAAAGGCAGCUGGCGGGACAAAGAAAACCACUGCCAAAGGGAAGACUGAGGCAAAGGGCCCUGCGAAAGGCAAGGGGAAGAAGACUGAGGCAGCCAUAGGCUCUUUGCUCUGCAAAGAGAAGGAUGGAGAAGUUACUGCAUCCUAAUAACUAAACCCUGUUGGGAGUCCUGCUCCUCCUGCCUGGGGUAAGGACCUGCCAGGUCAUCUUGACACACCCUGUCCUAAUCCUGGAAACUGCGAAGCAUCAAUUCCAGCAAACCCAGCUAGGUUGAAACCUGAGCUUGAGCCCAGCUGUGGUGGAUUCCAGCCUCAUAAUUAGGACAGUGAUAAAUGCCAGUUGAGUGAAAGGGAGCAAACUACGAGUGUGGCAGCAGUCCAGGUUGGGGGUGGGGAGAAUCAUAUAGGGCUAAUGAACAAAAUACAUUCAGGGAUAGAGUUCCAUAACUGCAGCCACGUUCAGCAAACAUGCCCUCUGGCUCCAGCCAGUGUUGGGUGUCCAGCCCUCAUGAAUCCAUAGGUUGCUGGGCUACAUUGUUAUAUGAUCUUGAGGAAAGGGCCCAAGCCAUCAAUCACAAAUGUAGCACUGCUGUAGUGACAUGCAGCCUAGUGCUACGAUUAGGGCAGAAUGCCUCCAAUUAAAUCCUAGCUUAAGGAAGAAGCUAAGCUAGGACUUGCUAGUUUGGCCUGACCCUGAGGCAGAGUGGCCUGUUGCUAAAAUCCCACUUGCUUGAAGGUUUGAACUCUGGCACUGGUGUGAGUGUGUGGUGCCCUUCUUAGCAAGGGCACCAAUGGAUCCUGGCACCUGUGUGGCUUGUAAUUUCUACUAGGAAUAGCUCCAGGUAGCUACAGAUGUCCUAGGCCCCCUUCAUCUGUCUGUGUGCAGAGUGCAAAAGCUUGUGAUGGUGAGAUCGGUCACGCUGGUGGGGGAGGAGGUGGGGUAGAUCUAACAGUGCAGCUGGUGUGCGUUUGUGUGUACGUGUGCACAGAGGCUUUGGAUAGACUCGAACUGACCUGGUCAGUGCUCCCACCUCCAGGCAGAGUAACUGCUGUUUGUCCUGUUAUAGGGCUCAAGGGCAUUGAGAGAACUCUUCUCCCCCGCUCCCCACAGCCAAUUGACUCCAUGGCGCGUGGACCAAUCCUUAAUUGAAUUUGUAUUCUCUGUGGGGGAACUCCAUGGUAGUAAUGGCAGCCGCUGCUCUUCCUUAGCUUCUGCUGUGGUUAGUGCCACUUAGUGUCGCAGCACAGAGGUGGAUCUGCCCCCCGAUCUCCUAUUCCUUGUCCUCGGGGGGGGGGGGGGUGUGUGGGGCCUGAGCACAGUGAAUGAGACGCUCUCCAGCCUUUCCUAGUGGAGCCUGCCAGCCACCAAAACAACAGAAGCCAAAGGGGCUCUGCUGCCUCUCUUCUCCACAAUGUUAACUCCUUCGCUGUUCCCCUCAGUGCACGUGGAGCAGGUUCUAGUGGCGGGUUGCUUGUCUGACUGACUGCAGCAAUAAGGAGCCAGAGGAAGGAGGGUUGCCAGGUGUCCGGUUUCUGACUGGAAUGCGCAGCUGACCCGAUGCUAAAAGUCCGGUUACCUGCAGUAGCCGGCCUCUGCCAUCAGGCCUGACAGAGAGAACUGGCUGGCUCCAAAGUAGGUACCAGUGUGUGUAUCCCCAACUUUUCUGCCCUGAUUUUUUUUUUACCCCCUCUUCAGGGACUAACCCCUCCUCCCCCUGCAUUCCACUGUGCCCUGGUUUCCCCAGCCCCUUGCUCCAGGGACAGACCCCUUGGCCGUGCUGUGCCUAGAUUUUUUUUUUCCCCCCCACCCAGCCCUCUGGCUCAAGGGACUGACCUCCCCCACCCUGCUGUACCCCAAUUUCCAGGAACAGAUCCCUUGGCCUGCUGUACCUCAAUUUCCCCUCCCCAGGCCUUUGCCCCAGGGACUGCCCCCCCGUGCCCUGAUUUACCCACUCUGGCUCUAGGAGCAACCCCCCUGUCCUGCUGUGCCUUGAUUUCUCCACCCCAGCCCCUUCCUCUGGGGACUGACCCCUGCUGAAGGUACUAAACCAGUGGUUCUCAAACCUUUUUGUACUGGUGACCCCUUUCACAAAAUUGAACAUGCCCUGCCCUGCCCCCUCCUCAUCUGAGGCCCUGCCCCCACUCACUCAAUUUCUUCCCCCCACGUCGUUUGCUCUCCUCACACUCACUCGCUCAGGGAGUUGGUGUGGGGCCAGGGAUGAGGGGUUUGGGGUGCAGGAGUAUGCCCUGGGUUGAGACUGAGGGAUUCGGAGGGUAGGAGGGCUGGCUUGGGGGUUGGGGCAUAGAAGGGGGUCAGGGGUGCAGUCUCUGGGUGGUACUUACCUCAGGCAGCUUCCGGAAGCAGCGUCAUGCCCACCCCUCAGCCCCCUACAUGGAGGGUGGCUAGGCAGCUCUGCACGCUGCCCCGUCUGCAAGUGCCACCCUCCACAGCUCUUAUUGGCUGUGGUUGGGGCAGGGGCAGCACGCAGAGCCCCCUGGCUGCCCCUAUACCUAGGAGCAAGGGGGGGGAUAUGCUGCUGCUUCUGGGAGUCACGUGGAGUCAUGGAAGACAAGGCACCUGCCUUAACCCCCCUGUGCCGCUGACUGGACUUCUAACAGCAGGGGCAGCAAUGCUGACCAGAGCUGCCAGGGUCCCUUUUUGGGCAUGCCGGUUUUUAAAAAAAAAAAAAAAAAACCCAAACACCUGGCAACCCUAGCUGCAGCUCCUAGCUCUGCAGGAGAGUCCCUCCUGACCUGGGGGGGGGGGGGGGUGAGAGGGGAAAUCAGCAAGUGAUUGGGGUGGGGCAGGGCUGUGGGGGAAGAGGCAGGGCAGGUGAGGUUCUAGCACUCAUGCUGGUGUGUCCGUUUUUUAAAUAUUACCAAGGUGGCAAUGUGAGGUGUCACCGGCAUUCUCAAAACCACUGCUGAGGUGCUGGUGCUGCCUAUGGCUAACAAGCUGCUUGGAGUGCUCACUGACACCACAACCCCUGGCUCUUGGGUGCCCCAAAGUAAGAUUUCUUCCUCCCUCCCCCAUCCGGGUGCUCCGUUGCCUAGGUCAUGAGUAGGGGGCUAAUUCUGUAGGGGUUCUCGGAGCAUAUCUAUGACCUGCUACUUGGCACAAAGACAGCCAGGGCAGGCACGUCGUGUGUGUCUGUCUGUCAAAAGUGAUGAGGGGAUGCAGUUGGGAUGUGGGAGAUCUAAGUUCAAAUGCCUGCUUGACCUGAUUUAUGUAGAGCAGAGCCUUGAAACCAGGCUAUUAACUAUAUUGUGUGCAUGUGUCUCUUUGCAUGUUGGCUACCUAGGACAGGUCAGCUGCUUAGCUGCCAGGAGUAGGCUCACAGUUGAGAACUCAGCACAGAUCAAUGGUAGUCACGUGUUGU